CGGGCGUCGAGGGCGGGUGGAGGGAGUGGGCAGGGAUGUUGGGGCUGGGGAAGUAGUCGCCUACUUGUCUGCUACGGGGGUCAUGAUCGCGGUUUAUAGAUGGUAACGAGGCUACGAGACGUAAUGGAAGAAACGACACGAAGGCCAAGGGGGCUGGAUUUAGAGUACAUGCUGAAUGGAGGGCCGCAGACUCGCAGUCAACACAGCGAAUGAUAACAUGCGGUAUCACUCGUCGCACGUCUGUUCGCCAUGUUCUUCUUUUCCUACUCCACUCCGCUUCGUACGGCCAUUCCAGCUCGCGAGUACAAGUUUCGAUUUUCGCAAACCUAGAUACAUCCAUUCCUCCACAUUGCCAGUGGCCACCAUCCGCGCUAUGCACCGCGUACUCCUUCUCUUGCUUCACCCUAGACACCCUCUCGAGUCUCACUCCCUCACCUCUUCACCUCCUUAGCCCCUCCCCCUUACCUUUCUUUCCCCGUAAUAGGUAUAAUUACAUACAUCUUAAAUACAUACAAAGCAAAAAACUCAAACUCAAAUUCAAAAAAAAAAAAAACUCCCCGCCGCAAUGCCCCUCCCAAAAGACAAAAAUAAGAUCAAACCCCAAAAAAUAAAUCCCUUCACCCCACCACCGACUGUAGCGAAAAAAACCCCGACACACACGCCCAGGAUAUAUGUAAAGGACUAUGUACAAAUAAAAGAAAGAAGAAAUGCUCCCAUCCCUUAACUACAUGCAUCUCCACCCCAUUCACCAAAGAAAAUAUGGUAGAAUUGAAGGUUAUGUAAGAAGUAUGUACGUACUCCUGCCCCGACGCCUCCUCCUCGUCCUGCCCCUCCUCCUGUCACUCGUCCCCAGUCCCCUUCCCCAGUCCCCAGUCCCCACCCAGUCGUCCAUGGAAAUGAUUUUACGGCGUACUGCAGCGCGCAAUGUACAAACAGUCCAGUCCAGUCCAGUCCAGUCCAGUCCAGUCCAGUCCA